GGAAGACCUCUCUGGCCUUACGACGGCUCGCUGUUUGCCCAGCCAGUAUGUGCUAAGACCCGAACUGGGCAGGCUUUCCUGGCGUCACGACGGCUGGCCGUUUUGCUCAGCAUGGCUAUUCUGGCCCCACGACAGCGAUAUUUUACAUACCAAGUGCGGCUAUAGGAUUAGGGAAAUCUUCCCGGCGGGCGUUGGGGUACUGUCGGGCGUCAGGCUGUCUAAUGGCGGGCAUGAAUACGUUUGUGUGUUCAGUGGAGGAUGUUUUUCUCUGACCAUGCUUUGCUUUGUUGUAUACUCGGAAGAACGGGAUGCGUGGCGGGCCGGGGGAAAUAGCUUAACAUUAGAAACGAUAUCAGCAUCUUUGAAGCAGUGUUGUUCUUUCGUAUUUGCCCUGUGGGACACCGAAAUUGCGGAGGGAGUGAAGCAUUCGAGGGGUUGGGAAACACGAAUUGCGUCAGUAGUACUCGUUGUGCCCGCGCAAGAAAAACGCGGUGGACGGAACACUUUCUUUCCGUUGCGAAAGGCGCCUAACUGCGAUGCGUUCAUAGGACACGAGCAUGGUUGUAAGAAAGCAUGCAUGGAUAUCAUGCUCAUGCGUGCAGAUGUAUGGGGUGGCAGUUUGAGCAAAAUUAGUCGUUUGCUUUCAUUAGGCUGUGCUAUUCCUUUGUAA